GCUCGGCACUCUCAACGUUUACGUCGAUUUUUUUUUGUCUCCCCGCGCGCGCAUGUAAUCAUCGUCGCGACGACCCGCCGCCGACUCACCUACACAAUUAAAAUGGCGGAACGUUAUCAACACAACAGAAGAUGUCAUUGACGCUUUCCGUUGUUUACGAUGCUUAAUCCGAUUCUAUAGGUAGGUAGUUUUUCCGUCCGUUUGUGAUCGUUGCUGCACCCAACUUUAGCGCGUUCGACGAAGUCUAGGGACGACGAUGCGCGCGCGCGCGUCCCAAGUAUUUUGGACUUCUUGCCAUCGGACGGUCACAACCACUGCUCGGCCAGCGGCUGCUUCGAUUGUCAUCUGUGCGUGACCGUGCGUAAUUUAGCCAUUUCCCGAAGUCGCUCAGGUCUUCGUGUUGCAAGUUAAUGUUAAAAAGGUACAAUGACAGUCUCCAGCCAAUAAGAUUGGUGACGGACCAUCUGACCGAACGGCUGAACCUUGACAGUGCAUGCGCAUUGCCGUUAGCCAAUUCAGGUUCUGCGUACUUCGAACCGAAACCGAUCAAACCGACAAAGAAGGGCCGGCCUGCGACUGGACAACAUAUUCGGCUUGCGGCCAAAAAAAAUAACCAGAAUGACGUGACAACGAUGAGCAACAAUCUCAUGUUUCGAAGUAUGUUUUUUAUGAACGAAGAAGCUAGACAUUUCUUGGCGCCGCCUAUACAAUUGUCUACGACUGACGGAGAGUAUUUCACACGCAAAACUGGAAAUCCAAAUUUGAAUACUCACCAUCAACAGCAACAGCAGCAAGCCGUUGCAGCACUCGUCAAUCACGAUUCUAGUUCUAGUGUUGAAAUCAAACCAUUACAACCACCGAAAGCACGUCCUCACGGGUGUGAAGAGUGUGGCAAAACGUUUCUAAUGAAACAUCAUUUGUCAACUCACAUGCGAGGUCAUACUGGUGAGCGUCCUCAUAUUUGUCCUGAAUGUGGGAAGACUUUUGCUCUCAAACAUUGUCUAAGUACUCAUUUGCUAUUGCAUAGCUCGGAACGACCAUACAAAUGUUUAGAAUGUAAUAAAAGUUUUACCUUAAAACAUCAUUUGGUAAGCCAUGAAAGAGUUCAUACUCGAGAUAGACCAUUCGAGUGUCCUGAAUGUCGUCGUAGAUUUCCUCAGAAACGUCAUCUGACCACUCAUAUAAAAUUCCACUCUGGUGAACGACCAUACUCUUGUUCUGUUUGUGGUGAGACUUUCUCGCGUGAAGAACAUCUAGUCAUGCAUUCAAGAUUCCACGGUGGAACACAACCAUUUGUAUGUCCAGACUGUGGAGCUGCAUUCUUGCGUAAAUUUGAAUUGGUCAACCAUGAACGGCAGCAUGGCCGCAUACCUGAAUCUUGCCCAGCUUGUGGUAAAGAGUUCUUACAGAGACGCACAUUAUUGGUUCACGUAAGAAACUGUGGCCUUAACUCAUCAACACCAGUACAUAGAUCUCCUUAUACCGCAACUGCGAGCAAAGCAUGCCGUGAAUGCGGUGAAACAUUUGCUAGUGACGAAGGACUAGCACUUCACAUGCGAUUACACAUCGGUGACCAUAGUUUCCUAUCUGAUAUUUGUAGUCUAGCUGCUACAUUGAAACAAAGUGUACAAGGUGUAUCAAAUGGUAUUGCUAAUGUACAAAAUCAUCACCAAAAUCAACAUCAAUCUGGUGUUGUCGCCAAUAAGAAAUCUCACUAUUGUGGAGAUUGUGGCCGUGGUUUUACCCAAAAACAUGGCUUACAACAGCAUCACGUAAAAUACCCAAAUGCCACUUGUAAAGACAAGCCUUUUGCUUGUCAAAAAUGUGGUAAAAGUUUCAUGCAAAAAAAUCACCUUGUACUACAUGAACGACAACAUAUGGAUCCACCACCGUCCAGAAAUCGUAAUGCUACCACUUCAGCUGUCCAAUCCAUACAACAUUUACAGACUGAACAGGUUGGCUUGCAACCGACUCCUCUUCAUACGACUAUCCUGGGACUACAGCCUAUUAGGCAUAUUCAAUCUGGUAGUCAACCUCAACUUUUAAGACAUCCCAGUGAGGCCCAUUCAGGGUCAUAAUAACUGCC